CUGCCAUGAUGUUAUUUCAUCUCAGUAAAACAUUUACGGCUCCCAUUGUCUAUAAAAACUAAGUUCCGUCGGAGGCGCAUCCUUUAAUCGCAGAGUUAAAGUGCCAAAGAGUGCGAAUGAGGAGAGAGAGAAAGGUAGAGGUGCGCAUAAAGAGGGAGGUGCAGGGUUUUCAAAAGGAUGGGAGGGUUUCUGUUGAAUCCUGAUGGUCCUCUGGCAGAUUGACCACCGCAAAAUUGAUUCGCUCUUCCAGUAUAAACAGAGAGCAACAGGAACAAAAGAGGCUUAAGACCGAAAAGCUAGCAUUUCACUUUGAGAUUAACAGAGCGGCAGAUUGAACAAGACUGAGAGAUAAACACAAGUGGACUUACAAAGAGGAAGUUCAUGUCUAAGAGAGUGAAUGGCUCAUGGAUGGGGUCUGUCCCGUCCUCCGUGCCUCAUGCCUUCCGCUCACAACUCUCUCCAUCUGCUGACCUCAGCAUAGCCAUCUUCCUCAUCAUCACAGGUCAGUGGAUUGAAAGAAGGCAUGCCUCUCAGUCUGUCGCUCUAGUGUGGAUCUAUACAUUGUUCUGGGCCUCACUUCCGGCAUUUGGGUUUGGUAGUUAUGGCCCGGAACCGUUUGGAACCAGCUGCACCAUAAACUGGUGGAGGAUGAAGUCUUCACUCAAUGAUAGAGUCUAUAUUUUCCUGAUCCUGUCGCUCUGCUUCGGAGUUCCCACCCUCACUAUCAUCGCUUCAUACCUUGCUAUCCUCAUCAGGGUGUAUCGGUCUGGCCGCUUGUUGGCUUCAAUCCCUUCAUCAAAUGUCACUCACAGCAGUAAAGAUCUUCGGCUGACAAAGAUAGCAGCAGUGGUGUGUUCCUCAUUUCUGAUCGCCUGGACUCCCUAUGCGAUUGUUUCACUGUACUCGGCUUUGACUGCCAGAGAAGAGCACCUCAUGGAAGCUGGAGGUACGGCUGUCCCGGGAGGAAUAUCAGGAACAGCCGUCGGCCAUGACGGAGGGAUCUCUGACGUCUUCGGGUUUCCCUUCCUCGUUAACUGGACCUCUUCUGAAAACUUCGGAGAUGCUUUUGGUACCUGGAGGAACAUGACUUCAGAUCAUUCCCAUUCAGUAGGGCAUCAUGGAUCCAGUUCAGCUGUGGAUUCUGCACAUGGAGGAAUGGGGGAACACCGGCCACAUCUUGUGUCCAUCCUGAAGCCAGAGGUCACGCUCAUCCCUGCUAUGUUUGCCAAAUCCCACUGCAUGAUAAACCCCUUCAUCUACCAGAUCAUGAACCGCGACUUCAGGGAGGACGUCUAUGAUCUCCUGUGCUUGAGAGGAAAAGAUGGAGAGAGAAGGAGAGCAAGGAGCACAGAUGGAAGUGAUUCUGAAGGUCAUCGUGGAAGCAUCACUCUCUCUUACAUUCACAGCUGGAGAAGAAGAAGUACACCUACAAGCCAGCCAUCUGAGCGUGUGAAAAAAGAUUCCUCUCGGAAGAGUAGAGGGAAGAGAGGGUCCUGUCAGGACAAUGCAUCAGUCGGGUGGGCAUCCUUGGACACUACAAACUUAGAUACGCAGGUCAACUUAGAAAGAGAGAGAGGGACCCAGGUGGAAGGAGAGAUGAAAAAUGAUUUAGAGAAUCCACCUCUAGCAGCUUGUUGAUUAGGCAAGGAGUGAUGCCAGGAUAUAUCUAAGACGUAAACAGUAGUUCUUAAUGCAGUUAGUUAGCUCAAAGUAUAUGUUUAGUUAAAAUAUAGUUUUUUUUAAAUAACAAUUUUACACACUAAUGCACUCAUGCAGUUUCACAUUGGUUCUUUGACACAUGAAGCUCUAGUAAUUUUCAUAUUUUGUCCUUUGUUUGAUAUUGAAUCCAAUGUAUUUAUUUAUUUAUAGAUCUUUUGUGAAAACAAAUGUUUUAUGUAUUUACAUAUUGUAUUUAAGUUUUUAUAUUGGCUUGUUAGAGAGCACUAUCCAAUCCAAAGUAUUGCAAAAUACUAUUUUUGAAUAAAUGUGAAAUGUAAAUAAAAUGUACAACAAUGAAAAGACAAUGAUAUGUUUAUU